AGUCUUGGCCUCGGCCUCGAGCCGCGUGUCUACACCCUCCCAACCCUUUUCUAGUUCCUGGGAGUUUGCACGUUGCCGCCGCCGACCUUCCCUCCUCCAGAUUCUUUUCCGCGUCCUGCCUCUCCUCAGCUCCACCCAAGGCCAGCUCUCGAGUCUCCCCGGGCUUUUGGGGGACACUUUUUUGGGCCCCAUUCGGGUUGCCUACCGGAUACCGGGGCGGGAAGUGGAGAAGGCGGUGGCCGCUCACGAGCCGGACUCAGGCAGGCCCGUCCUGUUAGUUCUGUGGUGAAUCCAUAAAGCUCUGUGUCGAAGUGGAGGGAGCGGGCCCUGGCCACGCGGGCUGUGUGACCCCAGGGUGCCUGAGGCCUCGCCGCGAGGACUUGGCUCCCUCCGGAGCGGCGGCCCCUGGAGGGCUGUCCCUGCUAAGGAGCUCCCCUCGGGUCCAGCCCGCAGACAACAGAUGGUCGGAGUGCCCAGGAGUCUGGACGAACAAGCUCCUGAGGUAAACCAGGUCCCUCUGCAGCCAUGUCAGCCAAGGCAAUUUCCGAGCAGACCGGCAAAGAACUCCUUUACAAGUACAUCUGUACCACCUCAGCCAUCCAGAACCGGUUCAAGUAUGCCCGCGUUACCCCUGACACAGACUGGGCACGUCUGCUGCAGGACCACCCCUGGCUGCUCAGCCAGAGCUUGGUAGUCAAGCCAGACCAGCUGAUCAAACGUCGAGGAAAGCUUGGCCUAGUCGGGGUCAACCUCACUGUGGAUGGAGUCAAAUCCUGGCUGAAACCCCGACUGGGACACGAGGCCACGGUCGGCAAAGCCAGAGGCCUCCUCAAGAACUUCCUGAUUGAACCCUUUGUCCCCCACAGUCAGGCGGAGGAGUUCUAUGUGUGCAUCUAUGCUACUCGGGAAGGAGACUACGUCCUGUUCCACCAUGAAGGGGGUGUGGAUGUGGGCGACGUGGACGCCAAAGCCCAGAAGCUGCUUGUGGGUGUGGAUGAGAAGCUGAACACUGAGGACAUUAAGAGACACCUGUUGGUCCAUGCCCCUGAAGACAAGAAAGAAGUCCUGGCCAGCUUCAUCUCUGGCCUGUUCAAUUUCUACGAGGAUCUGUACUUUACCUACCUUGAGAUCAACCCUCUUGUGGUGACCAAAGAUGGUGUCUACAUCCUUGACUUGGCAGCCAAGGUGGAUGCCACGGCUGACUACAUCUGCAAAGUGAAAUGGGGUGAUAUAGAGUUCCCUCCCCCUUUUGGGCGCGAGGCAUAUCCAGAGGAGGCCUACAUUGCAGACCUGGAUGCCAAAAGCGGGGCAAGCUUGAAGCUGACCUUGCUGAACCCCAAGGGGCGGAUCUGGACCAUGGUUGCUGGGGGUGGCGCCUCGGUCGUGUACAGUGAUACCAUCUGUGAUCUUGGAGGUGUCAAUGAGCUGGCGAAUUACGGGGAGUACUCUGGUGCUCCCAGUGAACAACAGACCUAUGAUUAUGCCAAGACCAUCCUCUCACUUAUGACUCGAGAGAAGCACCCAGAUGGCAAGAUCCUCAUCAUUGGAGGCAGCAUCGCAAACUUCACCAAUGUGGCUGCUACCUUCAAGGGCAUUGUGAGAGCAAUUCGAGAUUACCAGGGUCCCCUGAAGGAGCAUGAGGUCACAAUCUUUGUCCGAAGAGGUGGCCCUAACUAUCAAGAGGGAUUACGAGUGAUGGGAGAAGUUGGGAAGACCACUGGAAUCCCCAUCCAUGUCUUUGGCACAGAAACUCACAUGACGGCCAUUGUGGGCAUGGCCCUGGGCCACCGGCCCAUCCCCAACCAGCCACCCACAGCAGCUCACACUGCCAACUUCCUCCUUAAUGCCAGUGGGAGCACAUCGACUCCAGCACCCAGCCGGACAGCAUCUUUUUCUGAAUCCAGGGCUGAUGAAGUGGCGCCUGCAAAGAAAGCCAAACCAGCCAUGCCCCAAGAUUCAGUCCCAAGUCCAAGAUCCCUGCAAGGAAAGAGUGCCACCCUCUUCAGCCGCCAUACCAAAGCUAUCGUGUGGGGCAUGCAGACCCGGGCUGUGCAAGGCAUGUUGGACUUCGACUAUGUGUGCUCCCGAGAUGAACCCUCAGUAGCUGCCAUGGUCUACCCUUUCACUGGGGAUCACAAGCAGAAGUUUUACUGGGGGCACAAGGAAAUCCUGAUCCCUGUCUUCAAGAACAUGGCUGAUGCCAUGAAGAAGCACCCAGAGGUAGACGUGCUGAUUAACUUUGCCUCUCUGCGAUCCGCUUAUGACAGUACCAUGGAGACCAUGAGCUAUGCACAGAUCCGGACCAUAGCCAUCAUAGCCGAAGGCAUCCCCGAGGCCCUGACUCGGAAGCUCAUCAAGAAGGCCGACCAGAAGGGAGUGACCAUCAUUGGGCCAGCCACGGUUGGGGGCAUCAAGCCUGGAUGCUUUAAGAUUGGGAACACUGGUGGGAUGCUGGACAACAUCCUGGCCUCCAAACUGUACCGCCCAGGCAGUGUGGCCUAUGUCUCACGUUCUGGAGGCAUGUCUAACGAACUCAACAAUAUCAUCUCUCGGACCACAGAUGGUGUCUAUGAGGGUGUGGCCAUCGGCGGGGACAGGUACCCGGGCUCCACAUUCAUGGAUCAUGUGCUACGUUACCAGGACACCCCAGGAGUCAAGAUGAUUGUAGUUCUUGGGGAAAUAGGGGGCACAGAGGAGUAUAAGAUCUGCCGGGGCAUCAAGGAGGGCCGCCUCACCAAGCCAGUGGUCUGCUGGUGCAUCGGGACCUGUGCCACCAUGUUCUCCUCUGAGGUCCAGUUUGGCCAUGCUGGAGCUUGUGCCAACCAGGCUUCUGAAACUGCAGUAGCCAAGAACCAGGCCUUGAAGGAGGCAGGAGUGUUUGUACCCCGAAGCUUCGAUGAGCUUGGAGAAAUCAUUCAGUCCGUGUAUGAAGAUCUUGUGGCCAAAGGAGCCAUUGUACCUGCUCAGGAAGUGCCACCUCCAACAGUGCCCAUGGACUACUCUUGGGCCAGGGAGCUGGGUUUGAUCCGCAAACCCGCCUCAUUCAUGACCAGCAUCUGUGAUGAGCGAGGACAGGAGCUCAUUUAUGCAGGCAUGCCCAUUACUGAGGUCUUCAAGGAAGAGAUGGGCAUUGGUGGCGUCCUCGGCCUCCUCUGGUUCCAGAGAAGGUUACCCAAGUAUUCCUGCCAGUUCAUUGAGAUGUGCCUGAUGGUGACAGCUGAUCACGGGCCAGCUGUCUCUGGGGCCCACAACACCAUCAUCUGUGCUCGGGCUGGAAAGGACCUGGUCUCCAGCCUCACUUCAGGGCUGCUCACCAUUGGAGAUCGGUUUGGGGGUGCCUUGGAUGCAGCAGCGAAGAUGUUCAGUAAAGCAUUUGACAGUGGCAUUAUCCCCAUGGAGUUUGUGAACAAGAUGAAGAAGGAAGGAAAACUGAUCAUGGGCAUCGGCCACCGAGUGAAGUCGAUAAACAAUCCAGAUAUGCGCGUGCAGAUCCUCAAAGACUUCGUCAAACAGCACUUCCCAGCCACCCCACUGCUUGAUUAUGCCCUGGAAGUGGAGAAGAUUACCACCUCAAAGAAGCCAAAUCUUAUCCUGAACGUGGAUGGUUUCAUUGGUGUUGCCUUUGUGGACAUGCUUAGGAACUGCGGCUCCUUCACCCGGGAAGAAGCUGAUGAAUAUGUUGACAUUGGAGCGCUCAAUGGCAUCUUUGUGCUAGGAAGGAGUAUGGGUUUCAUUGGGCAUUAUCUUGAUCAGAAGAGGCUGAAGCAGGGGCUGUAUCGUCACCCAUGGGAUGAUAUUUCCUAUGUUCUUCCGGAACACAUGAGCAUGUAACUGAGUCAGGAACCCUGCUGUAGUAAAAGGAAGACAAGCGCUCCCUCCUGGGUAAUAAUGGACAGACAGCUGGAAGCAGAGUCCAUCAUAGGCUGGGCCUGGAACAGAAAUAGCCAUUGAUGUACAGGCAUGGAAGACCAACACCUACAGGCUAGUACCCAUUCAGUCCACACAAAGAAGCUUAGUAUUUUUUUUAUAUAUAUAAGCAUAGAAAUUGAAAACCAAUACUUGUGACAUUUGCUCUGCUACCUGCUGUAUCUAUUAUAUGGAAGAAUCUAAGCACUGUCAGAAUAGCGUUCUUCUAGGGCCUUAUGAUGUUGCUUUCUUUUUUUAAUUAGUUAAAAAAUUAUUUUUCCUUUGGAGGAAGGGAAUGCAACUUUUAAGACUUCAAGAUACUGUCUGUCUAUAGGACCCACUGACAUCUGGUGUCCUGAUUUCCAUUCAUCUUCACGCAACAUGAAGAACACUGUAUUAAUCUGAUUUCUAAGGAUCUUUUUUUUCUGUGUUAUGUGUUAAGGGUUUAUUUAGUAUCCCACUGAAAUGUUCUGUGUUACGGAUCAAUGUCUACUUAUGUCAGGGGGAGGGGUGGGACCAUUGCAUCCUUAGCCAUUGUCACCCAUAUGUGGAGUAGUAACUUAAAUGUAAAGUUGUAACAUACGAGUGUUUAAAAUGGAAACGCGAGCAAAAAGCUGUGAAAUGUCUUGUGUCUCAUGUUCUGUGUUUACGCAGCUGAUUUGUCUGUUACUGAAGUGUGGGUCCAAAGACUCAUACAGCUGUUUUGCAUCUGUAACCCACAAAGAUUCUGGGCAGCUGCCACCUCAGUCUCUUCUCUGUAUUAUCAUGUUUGGUUUAAAUAAACUAUACAGUAACAGUGA